UCAAGCACCUCGGUAGCUUGCUAGACAACAUAGCCGAACGAUUCAAGCUAUUUAUACGCUUUCUGUCUAUAUUAGCUACUGUGUUUUAGACACACUUCUGUUGUAUCUACUUGUAAACCUAUUUAAUUUAAUAUUACGUUAUUUUGUAUUAGUCAGAUAUAGUAUCUGGCUGGUUAAGUUAGCACUAGCCUAGUCGCUAAUGAUAGCUAGCUAACAUCCCCGACCAUGAGCUCCCUAAACUUCUCCCCUCCUGUUAAAGAAGUGGAGGUCUGCUGGACGGAGAAAGAAGCUCUGGGGCUGAACAUUGUCGUGAAAGAGGAAAAGGAAGAAGAGGAUGUCACAGUAAAACAAGAAGUAGAGUGUGAGGCUGUGACAGUGAAAGAAGAAGAGAAAGACGUUUCAGUGAAAGAAGAGAAGGAAGAGAAAGGGGAGGAUGCAGUUUUUGGAGUGAAGAUGGAAGGGGAAAUUACUGUCACAUUGAAAGAUGAAGAGUUGGAGAUAGGAGAUCUGAUUAACACCAGAGAGAUACGUGACUAUUGUGGAUCCUCUGGGGAGCCUCAACAACCUCAUGAUGCUGACAAGGCAGAGAAGUUUAUCUCCACAUCAAAACACCUCAAGAAACACCUGCAGAGAUCCACAGGGAAGAAAUCUCACUGCUGCUCUGAUGGUGGGAAGAGACUCACAUCCUCAGCAGGCAUUAAAAUUCAUCAGAGAAUCCACACAGUGGAGAAACCUUAUAGCUGUACUCAAUGUGGGAAGAGUUUUACUCAUUCAACCAGCCUGAUAUCACACCAGAGAACACACACAGGAAAGAAAUCUUAUAUCUGUAGCUGUGGUAUAUGUGGGAAGAGUUUUACUCGGGUGAGCACCCUGAUAUCACACCAGAGAACACACACAGGAGAGAAACGAGAGAAACCGCAUAGCUGUGAUGAAUGUGGGAAGAGUUUUGAUACAUCUAGCCAUCUUAUUGUACACCAAAGAACACAUACAGGAGAAAAAUCGUAUAGCUGUACUCAGUGUGGGAAGAGUUUUUUUACAUCUAACCAUCUGAAGAUACACCAUAGAACACACACAGGAGAGAAACCUUUUAGCUGUACUCAAUGUGGAAAGAGUUUUACUCAGCUAAGCAGCCUGAUAUCACACCAGAGAACACACUCAGGAGAGAAACCGUAUAGCUGUAAUGAAUGUGGGAAGAGUUUUACUCACCUAAGCAGUCUGAUAUCACACCAGAGAGCACAGACAAGAGAUAAACCAUAUAGCUGUAAUGAAUGUGGGAAGAGUUUUAUUAGCCUCAGCAGCCUGAUGUCACACCAGAGAACACACACAGGAGAGAAACCUCAUAGCUGUACUCGAUGUGGGAAGAGUUUUGCUCAAUCUGGCAAUCUAAAAGUACACCAGAGAACACACACAGGAGAGAAAUCGUAUGUCUGUGGUCAAUGUGGGAAGAGUUUUUCCUCAUCUAGCAGCCUGACUCAACACCAGAGAACACACACAGGAGAGAAAUCUUAUAUCUGUGGUCAAUGUGGGAAGAAUUUUUCCUCAUCUAGCAGCCUGACUCAACACCAGAGAACACACACAAGAGAUAAAUCUUAUAGCUGUAAUAAAUGUGGGAAGAGUUUUAAUACAUCCAGCAUUCUGACUCGGCACCAGAGAACACACACAGGAGAGAAGCCUUAUACCUGUGAUCAAUGUGGGAAGAGUUUUACUCAGCUAAGCGGCAUGAUAUCACACCGGAGAACACACACUGGAGAGAAACCGUAUAGCUGUGAUCAAUGUGGGAAGAGUUUUGCUACAUCUGGCCAGCUUACUUUACACCAGAGAACACACACAGGAGAGAAACCUUAUAGCUGUAAUCAAUGUGACAAGAGAUACUCUGAUAAAAGGUGUCUGAUCAAACAUCAGAAAAUACAUGAAGGAGUUGUAUCAUGAUCUCAAUGAAUCAAUGUUGAAUGUUAACACUUUGUAGUAGGAGUAUUUUAAUAAUGUCACAAUGUAGAAGCCUAAACGUGUGCCCCUUAUCAUUUGAUUUCAACAUAUGAAUAUUAGCCUCGGGGAAAAUCCAGGCUCUGAAAUGGAAGAGUACUAUUUAUGUGAUUUAGCAAAAAUUGACUAACACAAAAAGAGUUGUGUUACACAAUGUUGGUGACCCACUUGAAUCAAAAUGCAACACUUCAAAAUGUAUCUAGCCGUUUUCUACAAAUUGUUCUCUUACCAGUGAUGUACACAUUACUCCCUGAUUCCGUGUGGUUUUUGAGAUGUUAAUUUUAACAGGACGUGCAAACUCAUCUCCCUCCUCUCACAAUUGAUUUUAACAUGAUAUCGGGAUGAGUUAUGACAAAUAAGUGUUGCGUUCCUUUGUUUUAGCGACCCCGAAAUGUAGCUGACUGUCUUCUGCAGGUUGUCCUCGAACCCAUUUCCAUGUGUUUUUUUUAUAUGUUAGUUUCAACAGCAAGUACACCCUGAUUUCCCCCCCCCGAAUUGAUAUCAGUGAUUUAUCGCUACUUGUCAAAACAACAGGGGUUUUGGUGCUUGUGUCCAUGGUGAGGACAACUUGGUUUCUGAUUGUCUCAAGGUUGGGCAGUCAAAAAGAUUUGUGUUUUGUGUUUAACGUUCCAUGGAUCACAAAUUAUUUUGAAUUUCCGUAUUGGAUAUGAGUUUUGUUUGGGCUCGUUCCAAGGGGACGAGAGUUCUAGAAGCUAGUGGGUUUUAGGAAGGGAAAAAUUCCCUUUUUUUCUUGUUUUUAAUUGUUGAUAGCCAGUAGACACCAUGUUUAUAUUGGUGAAGGUGGAGCAUUGUAGUUGAUUAUAUUGUGAAAUGGAAGUUGUUUUCUGUUGGUGGUGCGCAUUCUUUUAAGCUGUUACAGUCUUUGGUUUUUCCAUUUAUGUUUUGAGGUUGGACUUUAGCGCGUAGGAAGCACCGAUUGGUGUCACCUCGUUAGUCAGUAUGUGUUACACCUGUGCUAGCUUGUCCAUCUCGUUAGUGGGAAGGUGUUUCACCUGAGCUGGUCCUGGUUCUAUUUAAGAGUGUCUGGCCCAGUGCUCCAGUUGUCUUGAUAGAUGUGGAGAGUCAACACCUUUAGUCCAUCGACCUUUUGGGUUUGCUUCCUGUCUAAGUUUGGUGUGGGUUUUUCUUUAGUUUUUCUCUUCUUGGGCAGAUUUAGUGGGUCUCAUGGUGGGUGUCUUUUAGGUCCCUGUUGUUGUUACUAGUCAACUUCCAGUGGACACCCCCAUAGUGUCUUUCAGAACCCCUCCUAAAAAACAAGCUAAUAUUUUUAUUUUUAAUCAAUGACAUUUCCUUAGGAUGCUCAUUUGUCUUUAAGUUUUUUUUAAUCCUCUUAUGUUUGUACUAAAUAUUUCUGUUUUUUCCUGUGAAGCCAUUGUAUUGCAUCCAUGUCUGAAAUGUGCUGUAUAAAUAAAGCUUGAUUUGAUUUGAA